AAAUAGCAGAAUAUAUUCUUCUAUGAAAUGAAUUCCCCCUUUUCUGGCUGUCAUGCAGGUGAGUUUAGUGAAGAAAGUUAAUCAAGAAAACAACUGAUCCAAAGAUACCUAUGUUGACUAUGGCUGUUCCCAUAGCAGUUCUUGAUUGUGAUCUCCUGCUUUAUGGGCGUGGACAUCGGACACUAGAUCGGUUCAAGUUGGAGGACGUCACCGAUGAGUAUCUGCUAUCCAUGUAUGGCUUCCCACGUCAAUUUAUUUAUUACCUGGUGGAUCUUCUAGGUGCCAGUCUUUCUCGACCUACUCAGCGUUCCAGGGCCAUUAGCCCAGAAACACAAAUUCUUGCUGCCCUAGGUUUUUAUACUUCUGGCUCUUUUCAGACUCGUAUGGGAGAUGCCAUUGGCAUCAGUCAAGCAUCUAUGAGUCGGUGUGUUGCCAAUGUUACAGAGGCCCUGGUGGAGAGGGCUUCUCAGUUCAUUCAUUUCCCAGAAGAUGAAGUAUCUGUUCAAAAUCUGAAGGAUGAUUUCUAUGGGCUGGCAGGUAUGCCAGGAGUAUUAGGACUUGUUGAUUGUAUCCAUGUACCGAUAAAGGCACCAAAUGCAGAGGACUUGUCAUAUGUGAAUCGAAAGGGUCUUCAUUCUUUAAAUUGUCUGAUGACAUGUGAUGCCAGAGGAAUGCUACUUAGUGCAGAAACACACUGGCCAGGCAGUCUGCAGGACUGUACUGUACUGCAACAGUCAGCCCUAAGGAACCAGUUUGAAACUCACCUACACAAAGAUGGCUGGCUCCUAGGUGAUAGUUCUUUCUUUCUUCGUACUUGGCUAAUGACCCCACUGCAUAUCCCUGAAACAUCUGCAGAAUACCGUUAUAACAUGGCACAUUCAACCACUCACAAUGUCAUCGAACGAACAUUUAGAACAAUGCGUUCUCGGUUCCGUUGCCUGGAUGGAUCAAAAGGAACUCUGCAGUAUUCUCCAGAGAAAGCCAGCCACAUUAUCUUGGCCUGCUGUGUGCUUCAUAACAUCUCCCUGGAACAUGGGUUGGGUUUGUGGUCUUCGCCAACCGUAGGACAGAUCGAACAGCCAGAGGAAGAAUAUGAACAUAUGGAAUCACUUGAUUCUGAAGCUGAUCGAGUUCACCAGGAAUUACUGCUCACUCAUUUUAGCUAGCCUGAUGAGAUAUACCAAGUCAGAUUUAAGAGGAAAUGAGAAAAACAUCAAAUUAUAGAGCUUGAUUUUCCUUUAAAAUUAGAAAAGUUAGAACUAGAGAGAGAAUUAUAGCUGCCAGAGGGCAGAGAGUAAUGAAACUUUCAUUUUCCAUUUGGGGAACAUUUUGCAUCUUUUGCUCAUUGCCUCUGAGUCCCUGAAUGUUUAGUAUAUCAAUAUAUGCUCAUAUUAAUUUCAGCAUUAUUGGAGGAAUGUUAGUCAAGGGUGCCAAUAUGAGAUUAGACUGGACAAUUGUACUGAGAGAAUGUUAUGAUAUCUUAAGUACGGGAGGAUGUAAUAACACUGUACAGUGUAAUCAGAUUCCAAACAACAGAGUUUACACUAAAAUUUAGACUUGACCUGUGCACAGUGAAAAAUUACCUAAACAUUCCUUUUCCCACAGUAUCUGAUUUCCACUGUUGUGUGCCUUUCUAAAAGCCCUAUAUCAACUGUAUAUAUGUGACAGAAUGGUGAAGGAUCUUUUCUCUCAUACAAAAUGGUGAUUUUCA